AUGGCCCAAGUGUUGCGGGACUGUAAGCUCAUUGUUUGGGAUGAGAGCACCAUGGCACAUAAAGGGGGUUUUGAAGCAUUGAGUACAACCUUAAAAGAUAUUAGGGGUAACGAUGGAGUGAUGGGGGGAGUCACUGUGCUGCUGGCUGGAAACUUCCGACAGACUUUGCCUGUAGUGCAAAGGGGAACUCGAGCUGAUGAGGUUAAAGCAUGCAUUAAGGCAUCAUAUUUAUGGUCUCUUAUCUGUAAACUCUCUCUCAAAAAGAAUAUGAGGGUAUAUUUGAAAGGUGAUGUCUCCGCGGGGCAAUUCUCGAAAAUUCUACUUGAAAUAGGGGAUGGAAAAUAUCCCGAGUCUGAGGGAAAGGUGAUUAUUCCAGAAGAUUUAGGCUUAGUAGUGACAACCUUAGCUAACCUUAUUGACAAAAUAUACCCUGAUAUUGUUGAUAUCAAAAAGAAAUCUAUGGACUGGUUGUGUGAGCGUGCAAUUUUGACUCCUAAGAACGAUAAAGCUGGUGUUAUUAAUGACACUCUACUUAAAUCAUUAGACGAGAUAGAAAUGGAGUACAGAUCUGUAGACUCGGUGGUACAAACAGAUGACGCUGUCAAUUACCCCGUGGAGUUCCUAAAUAGUUUGAACCCUCCUGGUUUACCCACUCACAAGCUUCGACUUAAAGUGGGGGCUCCAGUGAUGUUGCUGCGAAACCUCAAUCCACCAAAACGAAGCGCGGGCCGAAAAGCUGAUUGGCGGGGGAAUAGCUUUGAGGCCCGCGCGAAGCGCGGGCCGAAAAGCUAG